AUGAUCGCUAGUUAUUUCUUGACCUUCGCUAUUACUUGGAUAUGUCUUAUAGAAGCUGUAUCGAGUGCUGCUGGUUGGUGUUAUCAAUGUGACUAUCGAGAACCCAAGUGUCUGCUGAAUCUCGAUCCGACUGCUAUGGCGCAUAUGAGAGUUCCAUGUAAUGGACAAUGCUACAUUCGCAUAAAAGAGAAUCAAAUGUUCCGUGGUUGUUCAUGGGAAUAUGGAUUCAUGCAGCGAAAACUUCCAUACACGUUAAUCUAUGAACAGGAAGCUGUAUGGAUCUUCUGUGAUACUGCAUUAUGCAACAUAAGUCCAAAUGCAUCUGCAUGA